AUGAUUGCCACUUUGUCGUAUAUUUGCGAUUACACGCCUGGGCCUCCCGGUCGCGAUACAUCAGCGAGUCCAUUGCGGACGCCGGCACCGAUAUGGAUGUAUAUUACUCCACUUCCUUUCGGUCGUUGGUACCGCGCAGCCGAGGCCAGUAGAAGAACAGUAAACAAACCACUGAGAGUGGUCCCAACUCGGAGCUUCAAGGUUGAGGCUCAUGGGAAGAAAGGAAAGAAGGCGGAGCAGGUUGCGAAGGGUGUGUUUCAAAGCUUUGCCGCUCACAUUGGGGGUCAGGGGAAAGACAUGUGUGUGGAUUUAUGCUGCGAGGCGGAAGCGCCGCGGGCUACAGAGCAAGCAGCUAUCUCAUUUGCAAGAGAAAAGGAAAAAAUCAGAUAA